AUGCCUGAAUAUUCGAAUGUUGAAGUUACAUUAUUGGAUGAUCAAUUAUCAAAAGAUCGACAAGAAACAAAUAAUGUUUUAUCAGUAAAAAAAGAUACGAAAACUACUUAUUCUCUAAUUUUCCAACGAGAUUCAUCGGAUGUAUUGAAGAUUUCUGUUGAUAAAUCAUUUGAAAGUAUUCGAUCUGGUUCAGCUGGCAUUAUUAUCAGUUUACCUAAACAAAAACAUCUUACAUAUUUAUUGAAAUUUUCUACGCGAGAAGAUGCAACCAGUUUCAAUACACUUCUUGGAUUUAUUAGAUCUGGUAAAGAUAUUGAUGAUUUUGAAAAUUCUCAAUUUGACGAGCGAACAGAUGACUUCUCAGCAGAACAAUAUUUUCAUUUUUACAGUUGUUUAUCUCAACAACAAAAUAUGAUGCAAGAUUAUAUUCGUACUUCAACAUAUCAACGAGCUAUUCUUGAUAAUGCUAUUGAUUUUUCUGGAAAAGUUGUCCUUGAUGUUGGUGCUGGUUCAGGUAUUCUUUCAUUUUUUGCUGCUCAAGCUGGUGCACGUAAAGUUUAUGCAGUUGAAGCAAGUUCUAUGGCUGAACAUGCUAAAGCUCUUGUUGAAAAUAAUCAUUUAAGUAAUCGUAUUAAAGUUAUUUCUGGUAAAAUAGAAGAUAUAACAUUACCUGAACAAGUUGAUGUUAUUAUAUCUGAACCCAUAGGUUAUAUGUUAUAUAAUGAACGUAUGUUAGAAUCAUAUAUUCAUGCUAGAAAAUUUCUUAAACCAAAUGGUAAAAUGUAUCCAACAACAGGUGAUCUUUAUGUAACACCAUUUACAGAUGAAUCAUUAUAUAUGGAACAAGUUAGUAAAGCUAAUUUUUGGUAUCAACAAUCAUUUUAUGGUGUUGAUUUAACAACAUUACGUGAUAAAGCAUUAGAAGAAUAUUUGAAUCAACCAGUUGUUGAUAAUUUUGAUGUACGAAUAUGUUUAGCUAAACCAACUAAAUAUUCAGUAAAUUUUUUAAAUGCAGCUGAAGAAGAUUUAUAUGAAAUGAAUAUUCCAUUAUCAUUUCCAAUGACAACAGCAGCUGUUGUACAUGGUUUAGCUUUUUGGUUCGAUAUUUCAUUUGAUGGAACAAGUUCUGAAAUAUGGUUGUCAACUUCACCAACUGAACCAUUAACACAUUGGUAUCAAGUUCGUUGUUUAUUUAUUAAACCACUUACAGUAAGUCAAGGACAAGUUCUUAAAGGCCAUGCAAUAUUAAAUGCAAACAGAAGACAAAGUUAUGAUGUUGAAAUGUAUCUUGAAAUUGAGGGUACAAAUAUAUCUGCUGAAAAUACAGUUGAUCUUAAAAAUCCAUAUUUUCGAUUUUCAAAUGGAUCAGCACCAAUUCCACCGGGACAAUAUCAUGAUUCACCAACAGAACAAUAUUGGAAUGAACUACCAAAUGAACAAAUAGCUCCUGGUACUGGCAUUCAUCCGAAUGCAAAUCCAUAUUCUCAAAAUUGCAAUAUUAAUAACAAUUUGAAUUCAAGCGGUGAUUAUGAUGGUACUAAAGUGGCUACCGAUUGGGGAUGGUGUUAA